GGAGUAGGAGCAACAGCAAGUCCCGCGCGCACAGUGCGAUGGGCGGCAUGCUGCAGACUGCGGGUCAGCCCGCCUGCACUGCGGAGUCGGCGGCUGCGAUGGACGGAGAGUGGGGUAGAAGAGUGCCCCUGGCCCGGACUGGAGCAACUGAGAUGCCUGAUGAUUGCCUGACUACUGAAGUAUUUUGACUGCUGAGUUUACCUUUCUGACAAUGAACAGUUCAAAAUCACCAGUGUUGGCUGGAAACGGUAUAUUUUCCAACACAACCUGUCGCACAGAAAAGAAGAUCUCUGUGUUUUUUUCUGUAAUUUUUAUGACAGUGGGAAUUUUAUCCAACACUCUUGCAAUAGCUAUUCUAAUGAAGGCUUAUCAGAGAUUUAGACAGAAAUCAAAAGCUUCUUUUUUGCUUUUGGCUAGUGGCCUGGUUAUCACAGACUUGCUGGGUCAUCUCAUCACUGGAACUAUUGCAGUAUUUGUAUAUAUAUCUGACAAAGACUGGAUUCGAUUUAAUCAGUCAAAUGUUCUCUGUAGCAUUUUUGGCAUCUGUAUGGUGUUCUUUGGACUAUGUCCCCUUUUUCUGGGCAGUGUGAUGGCUGUUGAGCGCUGCAUAGGAGUCACAAAGCCAAUAUUUCAUUCAACAAAGAUGACUUCUAAACAUGUAAAAAUAAUGUUGACUAUGGUAUGCCUUUUUGCUAUUUUCAUUGCAUUGCUGCCUAUAUUUAGGUUGAAAGCCUAUCAAAUUCAGGCAUCAAGGACCUGGUGUUUUUAUAAAACAGAAGAUGUUGAAGACUGGGAAGACCGAUUUUACCUCCUACUUUUUUCAUGCUUAGGUUUACUGGCCCUUGGUAUUUCAUUCUUGUGCAAUGCUGUGACGGGAAUUACACUUUUGAGGGUCAAAUUUAAGAGUCAACAGAGACAAGGCAGAUCUCAUCAUUUUGAGAUGAUCAUACAGCUGUUGGCUAUAAUGUGUGUCUCUUGCAUUUGCUGGAGUCCAUUUCUGGUGACAAUGGCCAGUAUUGGAAUAAAUGAAAAUCAUUUCCGGGAAUCCUGUGAAACAAUACUUUUUGCUCUCCGAAUGGCAACAUGGAAUCAAAUUUUAGAUCCGUGGGUAUAUAUUCUUCUAAGAAAAGCUGUUCUUAAAAAACUCUUCUCGAUUGCUAGGAGGUGUUGUGGUGUGCACCUCAUUAACUUUCAUUUGUGGGAACUCAGUUCUAUUAAAAAUUCUUUAAAAAUUGCAGCAAUUUCUGAUUCACCAGUUACUUCCAAGCAAAUGAAUCAGCAGCCACUCAGCUCAGCAGGGCAAUAAAAUGUAUUACAGAGAAUGGUGAAAUGAGGGUGGUAGUGAUAAUGAAGCACCUCAAUAUUUGAUAGGGUGUGAAUGAGCUCGUAUUUUCUGGUUUUUCAAAACAAGAAUUUCGUUUCUGUUCUCAAUGUUUACCAAUCUGGAAUUGUUAUUACAACGUAGUCACCUUCCAAAUUUACUUUUUAAGGAGGCUUGUAAUCCUGUUGCUGAAGACCCAGGACUGUAUAACAGAACAGAAAAUUAUCUGUUACUAUACCCGACAAUUAAAAGCUUUGCUAAAAUCAAAAUAUUAAAAAUAGAGGGUGAUAUUAACAGUUCCUGAAACACUUUUGAAAGUAAUAGCUAAGCUAGGCAUUUAGAGGUCCCAUUUAUUUCAGUGGAAGUGAUUUAAGAAGUGUUCAUUUCUCACCAUGAAAAAAAAUGAUGCUUAACUAAAUCAGGUUUAUAGCACACUUAUAUAGAAAAUAUAUUUUGGACAGAUAUUCAGGUAUAGACACUUGUGAGAAGGAACAGAAAGUUAUUACAAAUUUAAAGGAUAGCAAGAAAAUCUGUUUAGUUAGUAAAAUAUCAUGCUGAUGUAGCACCCAAGCCUGUCAAGUGUUAAUAGCAAAAAUUACAAACCUGAAGUCUUAACUAUAAAUAUGAGAAUUCAUGAUUAUAUCUCCUGUAUAUUUAGUUUUAUUUCAGAUAAAGCACAGGGGAAUAGGAUGGUUUGAAUUAUGCCAGUGAUUCUUAGCUAUGAGUAUUUAACUCUUUCCUUCAUGCAGUUUCUUGGACAGAAAUUCCUUCUCCUGCCCUCCCACAGUGACUCUGCUUCAAGAAGUCUAUAUAUACAUAUAUUUAAUAGGGCUAAUAAUUGUUUUGGGGGGAAGGAGUUAACUCUCCUGCCCAAGUGCCAUACCCCUCUGUUCAGAUCACAUACUCUGCCCACAACAGAGUGAUUUUAAAUAAAUACCAUCAGGAAAUCCGAUUAUUUCUCUGUUGCCUUAUGUCUAUUUGAGUCUUUACUAUCUUCUAGCCAAAGGGGCUCAGAACCCUGUAAAUUAGAUUUAUCAUCUUUAAACAUUUAUGUAUGCUGAAAAGAAAAAUUGGGAGGGAGAGCCCCUGUAAGAGUCAGUCAACUUUGAAUACCAUUUAUUGUGACAGAAAUUAUGCUGCACUGCAUUAAUUGCUAAUCAUUCAUUGACUGUUCCAGUGCUAUGAUUUUUCAUUAUAGUUACAUGAAUAUAAAGUUAUGUGUUAAUUAUUGUGAAAUUUUAGAAGUGCAGCAAAUUCCUGUCUAUGUAUCAUGUUAACAAUUCUACUUAUUGUGAAGUAUUAUGUGCCAAAUGUUAGCUCAAAUUCAUUGUUAAUUUGUUUUGUGGUCUUUUCAUCAUAAACAUAAAAAACAUCCAUGGGUUUUAUUGAACUAAGAAUCAAGCAUGUAGCAAUCAUUUAAAAAUACAAGAAAUUGUUAUAAUAUUCAUGGGAGAAUUUCCAGGCACUUGGUUCCAUCUGAAUAACAAAUAGCUUAUUCAGUCUUUUAAUCUAUAACUCAAAAAUUUGCUUAAAAUAGAGAAUUCAGCUUAAUAGUAAUGUUUCACAUCACGAUGGUGAUAUGAUCAAACUGAAUUUGAAGUACCUUUGAAUUUGAAGUACCUAUUGAUUCUCCUCUACUUCAGUAAUGUGAAGAAACAGAAACUGGAUUAGUUGAAAAGGGACUGUUUCUAUUCUUUAAGCCAUGGAACUCAACACAACAGAGCUAUGAAAGCUUCUAAUAAGAAUGUACUAAUACAUCAGCUUAAUGUAAUCAGUAGCCUUAAAUCCUGGGGAGCCAGUACCAUAUUUUUAGGUAUCACCCCUUUGCAAUGCUGAAUAUUGCCAAUUCCAUAACACAUCUAGUUAGCUCAGGCAUCCGAGUGCCUAGGAUUUUUCCUGCCUUGUAUAUUCUUGUUCUGAUUUUAAAAAAUAAAAAAGGUUGGUUAUGGUAA